AUGGCUGUCCCUGCAGAAAAUGGCACCGCCGCGGCCCCGCAGCGGCCGGCGAUUCACAAUCGCGACCACGUUGUCGUUCAAGACAUUGACGACGACUACGAUUUUUCCGACGACGACACCAACUCUUCCGACGAUGACAGCGACGCGCUUUCCACGGCGUCAUCCGAGGAUCUGACGAUCGAAAUCGAGUCGCUCAAACGCGACGCCGCAAGCAAGGUGUUCGCGCCUUCCGCGGACGAAGCCUCCGCCGCCCCCGCCUCUGAGGCUUCCGUGGCGCCAGCUGGUGCGCCGGGAGCGGAUGGAGUUGCAACCGGCGGCGAAACCAGCGCCGCGCCAGGCGGCGGCAUGUUCGGCGGUUUGCGCAAGAAGCGCGUUCGGCGGCAGAUCCUAACGGGCGUGAACGGCGAAGCGCGAUCGGGGGAGGUGACCGCUAUCAUGGGAGCAAGCGGAGGCGGAAAAACGACGCUGCUGAACAUCUUGGCGCAGCGGAUCUCAUCCGGGCGGCGGAAGGGGACGGUGGAGUUAGACGGGGAGGAGGUAAGCGCGGGGAUGAUGCGGCGCGUCUCCGCGUACGUGAUGCAGGACGACGUGUUGUUUGCGUCGCUCACGGUGCGCGAGACGCUCAUGUACGCUGCGGAGUUGCGCCUGGAGCCGCGAUUUCCGCGACGCGAAAAAGAGGAUAAGGUCGCGCGGCUGAUCGACCUGCUUGGGCUGGCGAAAGUGGCGGAGACGCUGAUUGGCGGCGAAAAGAAAAGCCAUCAUAUCGUGUCCUUUGUCUCAUCGACAAGCUACUUCUCUUAG